UUAGGUUUUCGUCUUUCUUAUCUUCAUCAGCAUUUUGCAUUUGCCAAUAACCAUGGAAACCUCACAGCCUGAUCUAGCCACUGAGAGUUUUUCAUUCAGUUGGUUAUCAAAUGAAGAACUCCCUGAUCAUCUGGAUGAUCAUCUUGGCUGCAUCCCAUUUAGAGCAUCAAAUUUUGACAGUACUUCUCAUGAUGAGACCACCUCAAAAUGCUCGUUUUCCAAGGAAAACUCAAAGAGAUACUCGGAAUUAGAAACCCAGAACUUUGAUUUCAAUGUUCCCAUAUCCCAGUCUUCUUCUUCUUCUGAUCUUGUUCAUGCUGAUGAGCUUUUCUCCAACGGCAUCAUUAAACCAGUGUUUAAAAAUCCACAAAGGAUACGGUACUACUCCUCCAGUAUUGUCUCAAACGGCAAUAAUCCCCUCAUACCUUUCUCUUCUGCAUCAUCUUCUUCCAGAACUCUUGUUCCAACUGUUCAAGUUAACUGUCAUUUUCUCCGGAGAUGGAAAAGAACAUUGGCGACCGGGAGAAUCUUGCGGGAGUGUUUUGGAUAUCUCUGUCGGCCUUUAUGCCGCAGAGUACUACGAGGCUCAAGAAAAUGUACUAGAGUUGAUGACAUCGAUAGGAGAUCACUGGAAGUUAAGAGCUGGAGCAGUUCCCCACAAGCAUCUCCGGAACAAAGGUUUGCUGAUAUGGAGAGCUCAAUUCAUGAGGCUGUUCUUCAUUGCAAGAGAUCAUGUCAAUAGAAAAAUGAUUACUUUCCAUAGAAAGGAGGAGGGAGAAGGGAAACAGAGGUUGGGAGCUGUGAUGGGCUUCUAGAAGUCAUGUAUGUACGAGAUCCAGCAUGCACAACUUGUUCUGUGUCGUAUUUCACUGUGUUUCUUUGUUUCUUCCAGGCAACUCAUGUGAAUUUGAGAAGAUAAGCUUCAUAUCAUACACAGCUGUGAUACCAAACCCAUGUAAAAAAAAAAAAAUCAGAUAUCGUUUGUCGUCUUCAACUUGAAAGGACAAGUUUAAAAUUUUAAUAUUAUUUGACGUUCUUUGUUAACUAA